GCAGCCGUAAGAACGCAGGAAAAAAAAUUGGUCGUCCAGUGAAAUAGUGUGCAGGAGGACUCCACGAACCUUAAGAACUGAACUGCAGUGUGUUUCUUCCCAUUAGCUGCGCAUCUUCAUACAGGGUUUGCCAUGGAUGACCUCAGCGAGGCCCUCGGCGCCAGUUUCUCCGUCUCGCAGGAGCCCAACAGCACGUCAGCCCCCCACCCUCGCCUCGCCCAGUACAAGAGCAAGUACAGCGUCCUGGAGCAGGGCGAGAGACGCCGCCGUUUCCUUGAGCUGCAGAAAACAAAGAGACUGAACUACGUCAACCACGCACGCCGUCUAGCCGAUGGAGACUGGACGGGAGCCGACAGUGACGAGGAGCAGGGGAAGGAGGAUGAAGAGGACCAAGGGAUGGAAAUAGAACAGAGAAGGAAACUGCCAAAGCACUAUGCUAACCAGCUCAUGCUGUCAGAGUGGCUCGUGGACGUUCCUUCUGACUUGGAUGGGUCGUGGCUUAUGGUGGUCUGUCCUGUGGGGAAGCGCUCGCUCAUUGUUGCCUCCAGGGGCUCCACGGCAGCAUAUACAAAGAGCGGUUACUGCGUGAAUCGCUUCCCAUCAUUGCUACCAGGAGGGAACAAGCACAACUCUGCCACAGGGAAAGAUUACACCAUCCUAGACUGCAUCUACAGUGAACUUGACAGGACAUACUACAUCUUGGACGUGAUGUGUUGGAGGGGGCACCCGGUCUACGACUGUCCUACAGAAUUCCGCUUCUACUGGCUGCAUUCGAAAGUCCAGGAGACAGACGGUUUGUCUGAGAUCGCCAGGCGUAACCCGUUCCGCUUUAUGAGCCUUCAGAGUGUCAACUGCACGCCACAGUCCAUUCGAGAGGCCCUCUCCGCGGAGUACAGCUUCAAGGUGGACGGACUCCUAUUCUACCACCGGCAAACCCACUAUACUCCUGGCUCCACACCCCUGGUGGGCUGGUUGCGGCCUUACAUGGUGUCUGACAUCCUGGGUAUGGAGGUGCCAGAGUGCUCCCUGACAGCCAAGCCUGCCUACGCAGGCCACCAGAUGCAGCAGAUCCUGGAGCACAAGAAGAUCUCCACGGAGGUCAUCUGGGUAUCGUUCCUGCAGCCUAUUUUGGGUCCGGUUGGCAGCCGUGCUGGGCGGCUUCCUUCCCGAACCUGCGAUCCCAGAAGGGAUGGUGUCACCGUGGGCUGGGAACCCACAACGUUGCAUCUCGGAGAAAGGAGAUUUGGCACUCCACAGUCUCCUGACUCAGCACCUGCUCCCACUACUGAACCAUCACAGGGUGUGUGGCCCCGAACUUGCCGAAAAACUUUCAUCCUAUCCAGCUAUGGAACCUGCAGCCACGUGAUGUGUUCAUAUUUUGCCCCACUUUCCAGUAAAUAAUUUUUUUCACAACCCAGCUCUCUUCAGAAAGGUAGAAAGGGGGUGAGCAUGUGAGGCUGAUUGUGGCAGGAAGCCCUGGUCCCCAACCUGCUCUCUCUCUCUUUCUCUCUCUCUUGCGGUGGCGUCGGACCGAGAAGCGCAGCACGAAGCAGGCCCAGCCGGAGCCUGAGAAGGAGGCUCGUGAUGACUCAACGGCUGCUUUCCAGGAACGGCGCGAACCUGCUAGUGCAAAACCACACUUCCCGGAGCGCCCCGUGCCGAGCCGACCUGUCUACGCAGAGCCC